AUCCAGUAUUCCACGCAAAGCCGUUGUUGAACUAGUUCCUUGGACUUCUGUGGUUCUGCCUAAGAGUGGGAUGGCAGCAGUAAGCAGGACUCUGGGCUUUCCACAGCAGGAACAAAGGAGUGUUCUUACACCUGGAAAAGCCCAUAUAAGGCGGAGGCCUCAUCUCCAUUUUGUCUUCAGUCCUGCUUCUUACCUCUGGAGGGACUUUGCUACAAACAGAAGCUCUGCACAAAGGACUGAAUGACCCAUCCCAGCUGGGGAUGUAUUCCAGAGACUUGAUUUAAACCUGCAGUUUACUCCAUCACUGCUACAAGCCUGAACUAAGAACUUUGCCUUUACUUUUGCUGCGUCAGUAUGCCAUGCACAGGUUACUCCCCAUUGCUUGCAAUCUGCAUACGUCCCUCAGCCAACAUAACUCCAACAGGACGUCCAUCGCCCGCAUUCAGAGGCAGAUGUACGGCAGGACCUACCCAGUGCUCUUGGUCAGGCCUGAUGGAUCUGCUAUUCAUAUCCGCUAUAAGGAGCCAAGGCGGAUCCUUACAAUGCCUGUAGACAUCAACACUCUUUCUGAGGCUGAAAGAAGAGCGAGGUUACGGAAACGCUAUCCCAAAAGGUUUAAGAGCAAACAGGAGGAAGUGUUGGAUGAUGAGUUUAAUUUGGAUGAUUACAGAAAAUUUUGGAAGAAGAAAUGAGUUUGUUCUGAGGAUCUGUGGAAGUGUAAAGGGAAGAUUUGGCAACCUGGGCCUGCGGAGAAGGAGACUAUAACUUACUGUUAUAAAAAGAAAGUUUAUAGCUGAGUACAGAUUC